GUUGAACUGGGAAUGGCUGCGCCAUCUAUGCAGGCUCAGUGUAACCCUACCAAAGACCUUCUUGCUCUGGACGAGAACUCCGCUGUUAUCCCCAGAACAUCAUCUAGUAAUAUUCUCUUGCUCAAUAAUCCCCUUUCAUUAAGUAUUUACUUCACUGAUGACCAUUAGUGACGCUGGCCGCCUCCCACGCCGAAAUGACAAAUUCUUCCGGCGUCCGGGGGGACAAGCUCUGGCAUGUCUACCGCUAUUCGCAGAAGCCAAACACCCUCAUGGUCCUCGGCAGCAUCCUCACCAAGCCGGACGAUCUGGAGUCCUCGCUAAACUACGCGAGCGGCAUCGAUGCAUUCCCGCCGGACAAGAUCGAGGACCAGACGCCAGCCGUCCGCCUCUUCAUGCGCUCUGAACUCACCAGGACGGAUGGGGCAAGGAUCAAGGCCCUCUUGCCAGUCACGCCCAUCGUCAGUGCCGGCGGAGGGGUGGAUGCAAAAUCAUCGAGGAGCGUGGAUGCCACCGUCGAGGCCUCGGGCGUCAGGGCAAAGGCCGUGUUGCCGCAUACUGCCAAGGACUACAUGGAAAAGGCCCUGCAGGCACCGGGCGUCGUGGAGUAUGUCAGGAGGGGCAUCUUUGCGGAGCCAUUGUACAUGAUUGUUGGGGUCGCGACAUGCCGGCGAUUAACCGUGGGCGACUCUUCCAGCAGGACAAGGUCGGGGUCCGUGAGUCUUGACGCGGGCCUCGCCGUCGGAGGGGUCGAGGCUGGGAUAGGUGUCUCUAGAGAGAGGGGCAGAUCUGCGGAGACGGAGCGGGAGGUGACUGAGGAGUGUGACUUUGCAUAUCGGGUACGAGAGUUCCAGUAUUCGCGGCGCAAGAAACGGAUCAAGAAGUCGGCCGAUGUGACGGACGGCGCAAUGUUCGGGAUGGAUAAUCCAGGGGAAGAGGGCCCAUUUGAGGAGGUGCCUGUUUUCGAGUAUUUUGAGAGUGAGGAUGAAGAUGUUGGCUCUAACUAACACCGACAAGUUCUCAAUGACCAAUGAGUUACUUUGAAACAUGUAGGAUACAUAGGGUACUAAAAUAUAGUUUGGCUGAAGCCUCAAGGAAUAUACAUAGCAAGGAACUGUCUUAGAGUCGA